AUGGGAGGUUUUCCCCGAGCACCACAGCUGCCGCUGAACGCCCUGCCCGACAGCAAGGACGCCAUUCCUGGGUCAACCAUACCUAACGCCAAAUACGGCAUUCCUCAGGGCACCUCGCCUCCAUUUUGGAUCACUAUGACGACCCUCCCCUACGUUUUCCCAACCGCUUCUCCUUGGUUUAACAUCCCAGAUUUCUUGACGAUCCAAAAAAAGUCGGACAUUACAACGACUCUCCACCCAGGCUCCGUGUACUCCACGGUCAUGUUGACCGGUUUACCGGAAGGAAACUACAAACACGAGGACGUGGCCAAGCUGCUGUGGCCCUACUUCCCCCAACAGAACCUUCAGACUCUGUACUACAACGUUCUGGUUCUUCCCCUGCAGAGGAGGGCCUUCGUGUAUUUCUUCAGCCGGGAGGCGUGCUGCAGCUUCGUUCGCGAUCACGUCAAGAAGCCGUUUUCUGUCGGGGGCUGCUCGCUCCAAGUCCACUUCGUCCUGCAGGACAUACGCCAUAAACCCAGCGAGGAAAUCAUGUAUAGAACGUUGAUAACAUGGAGCAACUCCUAUGUUCCCAGUCUGGAGUUUCUGGCGAAGCGGCUGCUGUGUGUGGAGCUCUCUGAAACCAGCCUGGACCUCAUCUCCAGGGUCAUGAAGGAAGUGGCGUCCAUGGCUUGUUUCGUCAACUUCCUGUCGCUCGCCAACAGGAUCUGCAUCGAGAUGAUCGAGUCCAGCUGCGUGCAGAACGUGCUGGAGGAGAUUUCCCUCCGGCAGGAUUUGUCCACGCACAGAACCUGGUAG